UAAUUGUCAAUUUUUGUUAGUUGUGCUCAGGCUUGGAAGCAUUUCGAAGACUAUUUGGUUGUAAACAGAGAAAAAUUAAAAUUUGAGAAAUGGAAAGUUCCACUUACAAGUUGGUUUAUUACGAUGUAAGGUGGGAAGGCGAGCAGAUUCGGUUGAUGUUUGCGUAUAAGGAAGUUGAGUUUGAAGAUAUUCGAAUCAAAUUACAACUUGGUGCAGAAGAUUGGCCUGUCCCGAGUCAAUUGUUCGAUCAGAUUCCGAAGGAUAUUCAAGACAAGUUACUGUUGGAGAAAUUACCUCUAUUGGAGCUUAGCAAUGGGAAAACGAUUUCUGGUGCACGAGCGUGUUCGUUGUUUGUUGCCAAAAGGUUUGGAUUAUUGGGUUCAGAUGAAUUCGAAGAAGCGAAAAUUAAUGAGAUUUUGGAUGCCUCUCAAGAUUUUAGUGAAGCAUUUUACGCAAUCCAGUUAGCGUCAACUAAGGAAGAAAAAGAAAAGGUCAGCCAAAAUGUCGUCGCAGUGGUGACACCGAAAUACAUGAAUCUCUUCAAUAAACUGGUUGAGGAGAAUUCAAGUGGCUUUAUGGUUGGCAAUCAGUUGUCGUUGGCCGAUUUGCAUGUUUUCAAUAUCGUUUGUACACCGGAUGGAAAACCGGCUCGCCAUGUUACAGACGGUCGUCCCGGGCUGGAAAAAUUGGUAGACAAAGUGUCACAAAUACCGCAGAUUCAAAAAUGGUUGGAAGCUAGACCGAAAAGUAUUUUCUAAAAAAAAGUAUUUUGUCGAUAUAAAUGUUUUAAUAAGACCGUAGAAUUGUAUAAAUGGUGAGAGAAAUAAAAUAUUUAGUCUAGAA